AUGACGCAUCUGCUCUGUGAUCAGUACAUCAUUGACCAGUACAAGGCACAAAAUUCAAAGAAUAAGCCGCUACCACCUUUGACUAGCGAUAAGACGACCCCAUCACCACCAAGCAGCGAGAAGACACCACCUGAAGAUGACCUCUUGGUCACCGAUGUGAAGGUAGCUGAAGUGUUUUACAAGGCUGGCUCUCCAGGUGGAGCAUACGUGAUACCGUUCCCUCCAGAGCCAGUAUUUCCAAAGAAUAAAGGAGUUGGGUCAACCGAGCCUCCAAACGGAGCAUACUUGUUACCUACUCCUCCAGCAGGAGUAAGCAUGGCAAAAGAGGAAGUGGCAAAGCCUCCAACCCUCAGCCCGAGCACGCCUGAGGCGGUGACUUACGCUUCAGCGGUUUUCACGCCUUACUCUUCUUCUACUGUCACGGCGACACUAGUAUUGUUUACCUCUACGUCUUCAACAACCACAACCACUCCUACUCCUCUGACGCACACUUCUACAUCUACAGUACCCUUUCCGGAGUCGACAACUCAUCUGAAGUCUACUACCUCUAGUCUAGAUAAAACAACGUCUGCAACGUCAGGUACUACAUCAGUAACUAGUACGACUACCAAGACCACUUCCCCAAGCAGCACUCGGAAGCCUGCUUCCACAACCCCCACUAUUCCCACGACAACAUCGUCUACUGAUACAACAACCACAUCUUCUGUCAGGUACACCACAGAGAAAAACUCCAGAGAAGAGCAAGAAGAAUCACAACUCUGA